AUGAAAACUCUGCCAACGACUUUCAUCAACGUGACGCCCUCUCUGUUCUCGACAAAAAAGACUCCUGGGAACUGUUCUGGAGUUUUCCUGCAAGCUGUUUUUGGAUUAAUCGCCUUUCUCUCAAUUUUUGGUAACUUAUUUUUCUGUGUGGUUCUACUUAGAAAGCGAUGUCUUCUAAAAAAGGCUUACAACAUCCUCCUGAUUGUUUUGGCAAUGACGGAUAUGGUUACAGGUGCUGUUAUCGUAGUUACACCUUGUUUUAUAAUAACGGUAGAUAAAUUCCCAUAUCCUACAGGUAUGACUGGAUUAAGCUUAUUCUGUCAUCUGAUUGACACAAAGUUCCUUAUCUUCACCAUGGGCAAAGCUUCUGUUCUAAUGGUGAUGUGCCUGGCAAUUGAGCGAUGGUUCGCGUCUGUUAAACCUCUACAGUACAGAAUACAGUUUUCGAGUAGACGUUUGGCGUGUUAUAUCACUACAAUUUGGAUUUCAAAUUGUGUCUUACAAUUGUACCGUCUGUCUCGGAGAAUUCCAAGCGAAGAUGGAUGUCGUUGGGCAGAGGAAACGCUUAGGCCAAUCAGUCUGAAAGCAAUGGUAAUAUCAUACGUGUUCGUCACAUUUGUUAUUCCAAGCUUUGUAACAUGGGUUUCCUUCCUCCAUAUUUGGAUAAGCGUGAGGAAAUCACCCGCAAUGAAUACAGCCAGCGGUAUCCAGACAAAAACUAGACUUUUACACGUGUGUGUUUUGACAGCACUCUUCUUAACACUGUGUUGGCUUCCAGAUCAACUGAACUAUAUCCUUAGUAUAUUUAAAGUGACGUCUCUAUCGAGUCCAAUAAGCGACUACUUUUUGGUUUUGGCUUUGUCGAACUCGUGUAUAAAUCCAUGGAUAUACUGUUUGGCAAACGAGGAGUUUCGCAAAGAAUUUCGAAAAUUGUUUUCCUUUAGAAUUUGCUGCAGCGCCAAGAUUCCUUUCAAAAGUUUCUCGUACUGCUUGAGGAGCAAAGAUAUCGUGAAAGACUUAGAAAUGGUUUUAGAUAACACCGUUUGAUUAUCCCAAUUUAGCGCACUCAAAUUUCAUUUCUUAGCGUCUGUACACCACUUACUUGCUCUGCUAUUUGAUGUUGCUCUCUACUUUUCAUCUUCGCCCUGGAUUAAUGACUAGGUUAUUGGUUCGAAGAACAUGUACCUCGUUAAAUUAUGAAGAA